GUGACGCGCGAUGCUGCCAUGUUUGUAGUGGCAUUCGCUUGUCAAGCAGGUGCGAGGAAAAGCCGCCGAUCUUCCCAGUCUGCGCCCGUCUCGGGUUUACACUGGGAGGUCGACGAGGCAAAAGGAAGAGGGACGGUUGCGGGGCAAGGAGCAGGAAGCGUCUGCGGUCAGGCUGCCCGGGCAGCAUGGGGACCAUGGCCUGCGAGCCUGCGCCCUGCACUGUCAAGAGCCCAGUAACUCUGCAAGUGGGCGAUGUGCGAACUGAGCUAGGUCGGUCUGGUGUUGUGGUGAUUGACGUUCUACUCCCACACUCACAGGCCAUUGACUUGCAAGAGAUUGUGUUCAAGAACUACUACACUGCCUUUUUGACCAUGCGAGUGCAGCGCCGAAGCUCUGCAGAUGGUGGGAAUGAAAGCCCUUCCAAAUGGGUGACCUGUUUGCGGAAUUACUGCCUGAUGCCCAACCCACAUACAGAGGAAGGCUCCCAAGAGUACUUCUCUCUCUCCAGACAUCAGAUGCUUUGUGAUGUGGACCGGGUGGCCGCCCUGCGUCUCAUCCUGCGCCAACCAUCCCCAGUGUGGCUGCAUUUCACUAUUGAGGAGCUCCAGCUUUUCCCUGCAGGUCAAAAGAGUCCUCAGAAAGGCUUUCCUGCUUGGCUUUCUCACACAGCUCCUCAGGAACAACCAACAAACCUGCAUGAUGAACUCCCUGAUGCUGACAAAGUGUCUUCUGAACUGCAGCAAAUGUGGGUUCUGACUGAGAUGCUCCAAGCCAGCCAACCAGCAGCACAGAUUGGACGCUUUGAUGUGGAUGGCUGCUAUGAUCUCAACCUCCUUUCGUAUACCUGAGGUCCACCAGGGCUAGAAGUGGACCUGGUUCCUAAGAGCUGAACUCGCUGGUUUACCACCCUGUGUUGUGGGAUUGGCUUGAGGCAGGAAGAAAUGAUGAACUAAGUCUCCUGUCUUUAUAUUCUAGCAUUCUCUUUUCUGCUGUGAGGAAAUGGCCUUUUGGGAUGCUUUCCAAUUAUAUUCUGUCUCUCCAGCCUGCUGUUAUGUGGAGAAAAUUCUUAUAACCCUGCAUUCUGCACUGGACUAUGGCAAGCCUGGAUACUAUGAACUGAAGGUAUCUUAUCUGGGUUCUUCACCUCCUGCUUUGCUUUUCCAAACACUGCUCUUUGGUUUAUGUUCUUUGAGGGCAAAACUGAGCAUUGUCUUCAAUAGCCUGGCACUGUGUGACAGAGUGGAGGUUUCUUUCAUUUUUGCAAGUGAAUGACCUGAGAUUCUCAAGACAAUGAUAAGCCUAUGAGGAAUCUGUUUCCAAAUCCAGGUUUGGGUAUUCCAAGAAACAAACAUUCAGUUCACAGUUCUUCUAGCACAGCCAUUCCACUUACAAUUGGAGUGCUGGUCUUUUUUUCUUUGUUUACAUGGCAAUAAUGGAAUCUUCUUGAAGACUUAAGUCCUCACUUCCCCCUAAAGCAGGUGGGGAACUGCCAGCCAUCUAGCUUUUGUUGUACCAUUUGCCAUCAGUCAGCUGGCAUGGCCAAUAAUCAUCAGGGAUGAUGGAGUUGGCCCAACAACAUCUGGAGUGCAUUCAACUGGCUUAGCUGAUUUUACAGGGCUAGCCCUGAUAUAUCUUAAGUUAGCAAUGGCUGUAGCUGCAACUCAGUUACAGUUGUGAUCCAAGAGAAAUAGUGUAGAAUGGAAGUGUUAGUCUGUACUAUGUGUUUGUUUUCAAAUGAGGCCUGGAGCACCAUGACAACCACAUCUAUCAAGAUUUCAAGAAGUAAAUCUUACAUCUUGCUAGAAAGCAUGACUGCUAACAUUCUGAGAGAGUGACCUUCCUGAAAGCUGAGCUACAUCACAAUUUGCUGUCCCCAAUGGAUUCUUUGACAUUUCCUUCUUAAGCUUCUAUUCAGAUACCUCAGCUCAUCCUUGCUUGGUUGUAGAGACUCAUUUCCCUUGACUGCAUUAUGAUCCAGCUGAGUGUUGAGAGCUGGGCUGAAGAAAUGUUUGUGGCAGAGGUCUAUGCUCAGGAUUCUGCUAUAUCAAGAAUCUAAUUCUACGAUAUCAAGAAUCUAAUUUCUAAGCUGCCUCAGAAAAAACAACUCUGAGUCUGAAACUGCCUCGCAAAGGACUGCUAUGACAGUUAUGAAGAGAAUAUUUGAACACCUUCCCUGUUUUUGUAACUAUACAUAAGUAUACUAAUGCCAGACAGCUCCCCCACAAAUGUAUCUUUUUUUGCAGUGAAGGACACUUCCUGCAGUACACGCAUGAUUUAUAGCCAUCGGAUCAAAUUGUAGAACAAAAUGAGUUGCUCUGGUAAUAUGUGUGGCUCACUUUUUUUAAUGCUGGACAUUACAUCUCAGGAGAAACCUUCUGUGGUUACCUGUACAUGUGUAGUUUCCUGCUUGUUAUUUAUUAAGGACUGUUAGUGUUAUUUAUUUAUUUAUAGCAGGAAAAGAUGACCGUGCUCUUCUAAUCCACUGUACUGAAUCAGGGCAAAUGGAUUUAAGCUUUUUCCUAGAGGAUGCUUACCCAGAAUAAAAGGAUCACAAAUUA